GCCAGGUGGGAGGCUCCCCCUUGCAAAGCGGGGUUUGACGUGUGUGACUCCACAUGGUACAGCUCUCAGAGGAGGGGCUGGCUAAUAAGAGUGUGGAGUUGAACUAAUGCCAUUGCACUGACUCAUCCAGGGAGAGCAAAGGAGCUCAGAGAACGAGAUAGCAGAGAGACUCGCAGACAGACAGAAAGGGGGGCCGGCGACACGGGGGGAGAAGAGAGAGAGACUCACGCGGGCAGGCAGCAAGUGUACAGAUCCGUAAUUAAGGGAGUUAAAAAAAAAAAAAUCAAGAGGCUAAAAUCCUGGACUGAGUCACCCAGUUCAGUUAGAGCAGGGAACUGGCACUUUUAUAAAGGACUUAAUUAAAUCGGAGGCGAAGAGCCUCUUGACUGAAAACUACAGAGCCAGAGGAGCAUUGAAACCAGAGCAAAUAUUCACAGGAAGUCUGAAGAAGGGCAAUAGACCACGCGUUUUAAGUGUGUGUGGUUAGGUCUUUUUUCCCUCCCCUUUCUCUUCUUCAGAGCAAAUGUAACAGAUUUUAAGACAGAAAGAGACUUUAAAACAAAGAGAGACGUCUAAUUACACUCUUUUUUUGCGGCAAAUUUUAAAUCCACUUUUUUUCCCCCGGGGUGCACCAAAGACCUUUGGGAUCAGAGAGAGUGGCCUCUAUUUUGUGAGGUGGGAAAUAUUAUUUUCCCCCAGUCUUGAGAGGAGGAAAAAGUUGAGGAAAGGGCUUUAUUUUUAACUCUUUAUUUAAACAACCAACCAACCCCCAAAUCUUUACGGAGUGCAGUUGGAAGGCUGAAAAUAAAAAUCAGGCGAGAGAGGCGGAGAAAUAGAGCGUGUGUGUGUGAAGGAAACUACAUUGCGUUUCUCUCCGGCUUCUACCUCGGAUCAUGUACCAGGACUAUCCCGGGAACUUUGAUACCUCCUCCAGGGGCAGCAGCGGCUCUCCAGGCCACCCAGAGACUUACUCCAGCGGCACAGCACAACAGAAAUUCCGGAUAGAUAUGCCAGGAUCAGGCAGUGCUUUUAUCCCCACCAUUAAUGCCAUAACAACCAGCCAAGACCUGCAGUGGAUGGUCCAGCCCACAGUGAUCACCUCCAUGUCGAGUCCCUACUCUCGCUCACAUCCCUACAGCCAUCCUCUGCCCAACUUGUCUUCAGUUGGUGGACAUACAGCCCUUCAGAGACCUGGUGUCAUUAAAACUAUUGGGACCACAGUGGGCAGGAGGAGAAGAGAUGAGCAGCUGUCACCUGAGGAAGAGGAGAAGCGAAGGAUCCGAAGAGAGAGGAACAAGCUGGCAGCUGCUAAGUGCCGUAACAGGCGUCGAGAGCUAACAGAGAAACUCCAGGCGGAAACGGAGGAGCUGGAGGAAGAGAAAUCAGUGCUGCAGAAGGAGAUUGCUGAACUCCAGAAAGAGAAGGAUAAGCUGGAGUUCAUGCUGGUGGCUCAUGGCCCUGUGUGCAAAAUCAGCCCUGAGGAGCGUCGCACCCCACCAUCUCACAGCCUCCAGACAGUCCGGACUGGAGUGAGUGGAGAAGUGGUGGUGAAGCAGGAGCCGGUGGAAGAAGAGAUCCCAUCCUCCUCUUUGGGCCUCGACAAAGCUCAGAGGUCUGUCAUUAAGCCUAUCAGCAUUGCAGGGGGGUUUUAUGGGGAGGAGCCACUCAACACUCCCAUUGUGGUGACCUCGACACCUGCCAUCACUCCUGGCACCUCCAACCUGGUCUUCACGUACCCCAGUGUGCUGGAUCAGGAGUCUCCUCUUUCCCCUUCGGAGUCAUGCUCCAAAGCUCACCGGAGAAGUAGCAGCAGCGGUGACCAGUCCUCAGAUUCCUUGAACUCUCCAACCCUGUUGGCCUUGUAACCCCCACCCCGUGUCCCUCAUUUGCCAGUGUAUUACAUUCCCACCCAGGACUGUGGGGGUGGGGGGAACCUCCUCCACAAGAUUAAAGACUGGCACAAGGGCGUUCAAGCACAAGGGCAGUAAGAACAAGAAAAGGGGAAAUGUGGCUCCAGGAGCCUCCUUGAGCAGGAAGAACAAGAACAAAUGUAAACUCCAUGGAAGCAGAGAUGGUGAUGGUGGAAAUGACACGCUCAGUACAUCUGGAGAGGGGAAUCUCCUCUCUGGAGGAGCUGCCUAUGGAAAUCUCUUUUUGGGUGUUUUAAUGGACUUGGCAAACACGCUUGGCCAGGACUGGAGGCGAGCUGCAGAAAAUCACUAGUUACCCCUUUCCUUUGUGAACUGAUCUGAUUACAUACAUUCUGUGCUUAGUUCAUUCUGGUUGGUUGAUCUCUCUCUCUCUCUCUCUCUCUCUCACACACUGAUACCAUGACAUUUCAUCUAGUCGAUAUCCACUCUAAAGGCUUGUUAUGAUCUUUGUUUGCUGCUGCUGCUGCUGCUGCUGAUGGCGGGAGGAGCUGUGGGAAAUUCUUGCUGUGGGGAGCGUUGGGAGGAGUCACAAAUGCUUGGUCACAGGGGUAGCGCUUGUAAGUGAAUAGCCCAUGAGCUCAGUAGCAAGGAUGCCAUGAACUGAGGGGAAGAUUUGUUUGGAGAAGUUGGAGGAUGAGAUAUGGAUAUUUUGUCCCCCUGUCCCCAUGCUGCAAAGGCCAGGUUAGCAAAAUGCCUAGUAAUGGGACCCAGAGUGAUGCCCCAGUAGCUGAUAGGAUACCAGAGUACAUUUCCACUAGCCGGUGUCUUUGGCAGCAUUUCUCCUGUAAUUAGUGUUUGUCAAAUCUGCUGGUGGAUCCUUUGUUUCCUUCACCCUGGCUACCUGCCAUCUUGGGUGCAAUGCAUCCUGCUCCUCCUCUCAGUAUGCCUGACUCAGAUGCUGAUUCCAC